AUGUUGCCAAAGAAUGUUUCUGAGACUGAGCUUUCUUCAUUAUUUUCUCAAUAUGGAACCAUCAGAGACAUGCUAAUUUUGAGAGGUUCGCAACAAACAACUAAAGGUUGUGUUUUUCUAAAGUAUGAGACCAAGGAACAAGCUCUUGCAGCAAUAGAAGCUCUUAAUGGCAAGCACAAAAUGGAGGCACGCUCAGGUCCUAUGGGACGAAUUUUGAGUCAAUUAGAGGCUUUUGGCGAGUUUAAGAUGAUGGCCUUUAGAGAGGGAGAGAUGCAAGGUAUGACUAAGGAUCUGGAUAUAGAGCUUCGAAAGUUAAAUUGCAGAACGACGGGUGGAUUCAUAAUACAUUCUGUUGAGAAAUUGGUCAAGAAAUUGUACUUUGAUGAACUUGGAGAAAAUCGUGUUAAAGAUGCUGAUGGUUCGGCCUCUAUGCCAGAAAUAAUUUGUCCUAAAGGUACUCUGGUCGAUCAGGUAAUUAGCAGCAGUCUUGGAUGUGUAUCGGGUCCUACUGAAAAUUCUAUUAUGGGGUCUAAGUCUGAAAAAGGUGAAUUUAGUGAAUUGGGUAUUAAAGGUCCUAUUGUUGUUGGUCCUACUGAAAAUUGUGUUAAUAAGGCUACAUAUCUAGUCCCUCUAUCGGAAUCAAUCUGUCUCAAGGGUCCUCUGGUCGAUCAAACAAUUGGCAAAACUCCUAAAUAUGAAUCUGUCAAUUUGGGUAAUGAGGGUCCUAAAAAUGCUACUAUAACAGAGUUGCGUAAGUUUGCUGAACUAGGUUCAUUGGGUCCAUAUGAGGCUAUUAUUUCAGUGUCUAGUUUAGAAAAGGGAGCAUUAGACAUUCUGGUUUAUUUGGGCUCAAUUGAAGAUCAGAAAACAGAAUCUACUAGUCCUAAUGUGAAACAAGAUGAUAAAAACAAACUCUGA